AUGGAUCCAUUCUCCUCCUUUCCACAUGACAAUGACACUGCAUUUCCACCAUCCAGUAACAAUGGUGUCUUCAGCUGGAAUGGAGACUGGCCCUCAGAGCCUCCCUAUAAUAUUGCCCACAUCUCACCAACAAUGAAGAUGGUUUCCUUGGUGAUCUACAGCAUCACAUUGCUACUGGGAGCCAUAGGAAAUGGCCUAGUUAUUUUCCUCACUGGUUUCCACAUGAAGAAAACAGUGACCACCAUCUGGUAUCUCAACUUGGCUGUGGCCGACUUCAUCUUUGCCAUUUGCCUCUCUUCUGAGAUUGCUUAUGUGGCUCUGGAUUAUCACUGGACUCUGGGACGGCUGAUGUGCAAACUCGACACCGUGGUGCCUUUCCUGAACAUGUUUGCCAGCGUCUUCUUCUUGACAGCCAUCAGUGCCGACCGUUGUGCUUCUGUGGUGCAUCCUGUCUGGGCCUUGAACCAUCGCACUCUCCGACUUGCUUCCUUUGUGGCUGUGUUCAUCUGGGUGGUGGCCUUGGCUCUCAGCUCCCCAUACUUCAUCUUCCGUGACACGGAGCAGUCAAUGAAUGGCACUAUACAAUGCAUCUACAACUUUGGUUUAGAGGAGGAUGGUGGCCUAAGGACACACCGUUCCAUGGUGCUUACCGAAUUUGUGAUUGGCUUCCUCGUCCCCUUCAAUGUCAUUCUGGCUUGCUACUGUGCCAUCAUUAUCAAGCUAAGGAAGAAAAUCUUUGGUCGAUUUGGCAGAUCCUUCAAAAUCAUUGUGGCAGUGGUGGCGGCAUUCUUCUGUUGCUGGUUCCCCUACCACCUCUUCUCCAUUCUUGAAAUGCUGGAAGACAACAGCCUUGAAAUGCAAACCACCCUCGAUAUAGGUUUACCACUGGCUAAUGGCCUGCUCUGCCUCAACAGCUGCCUCAAUCCCAUUUUGUACGUCUUCAUCGGGUCAGACUGUAGAAAGGCCAGCUGGCAAUCCCUCCUCUCAGCCUUUAAAGGAGCGGUCAGUGAGAAGUGGGCCACCACUCUCUCUUUUUCCAGCAACAGAACCUCCAGCUCCACAUCAGGAAUGGAGUCCUGCAUGGUUUGA